AUGACGACCGAGCUUGACGGUGGCGACAACAGUUAUCCAACGGUAACCGUGACCGCCAUAACGGUGACGCUCAUUGAGCAUUGUUUCAGUCGACGUCAAGAGGAAACAGCGAUGGAAUUUUACACUUGUUUGUUAGAAAAAAGCCUUAUGGUCGACGAUGCUUCCAAGAAACCACUCUUGGAAGUUUUGUUCAAGUACGGUAAGAGAAGCGAAGCUUGGUCAUUGUUCCAUAACGUCUUCGUUUAUACUAAUGGUAUGGAUUCAGAGCACUCUGAGCGUAUAAUAAAUACAAUGGUGAAUGAGCUUUUCAAACUGGAUAUGUCUAAGGAAGCAAUUGAUUCAUUCGAUGGAGUGAGUGCAAGACAAGGCUUCUUUAAGCACAAAUUCAGGCAUGUACCUUACGCCAACAUAAUCACGAGGUGUUGCGAAGAUGGGAAUUUGUUGUCCAAGGCAAACAGGAUCUUUCGUAAGUUAAUAAAGGAGAAUCCAUCGGCUUGCAAGAUUUCAACAUUCGAAGAAAUGAUCAAUGCGUAUCUAAAGGCCGGGAGGCUCGAUGAUGCGUUGGAAACAGCAAACAAGAUGGUGGAUGCACAUCUAAGCCAAGUUUCUUCGUUGUUAAAGAGUUGA